AUGGACCUGGACCUGGACCUGGGCCUUGACCUGGACCUGGAUCUGGACAUGGACCUGGACCUGGACCUGGGCCUAGACCUGGACCUGUACCUAGACCUGGACUUGGACCUGGACCUGUACCUAGAGCUGGACCUGGGCCUAGACCUGGACCUGUACCUAGACCUGGACCUGGACCUGGACCUGGGCCUGGGCCUAGACCUGGACCUGUACCUAGACCUGGACCUGGACCUGGACCUGGGCCUAGACCUGGACCUGUACCUAGACCUGGACCUGGACCUGGACCUGGACCUGGGCCUAGACCUGGACCUGGGCCUAGACCUGGAUCUGGACCUGGACCUGGACCUGGGCCUAGACCUGGACCUGGACCUGGACCUGGACCUGGACCUGGGCCUAGACCUGGACCUGGACCUGGACCUGGACCUGGACCUGGGCCUGGACCUGGACCUGGACCUGGGCCUGGACCUGGACCUAGACCUGGACCUGGACCUGGACCUGGACCUGGGCCUAGACCUGGACCUGGGAGCGGUCUUUCCCACAGUGUUUGUAUGA